AUGAAUUUCGAAUCUGAUGAUACAGAUAAUGAUGAAAAUAUAUUAUUCGAUAACGAUUCAUCAACAGAUGAUAGUGAACAUAUUAAAAAUCACAAAAACGUAUCAAUUGACCAGCAGAAAAAAUCAUCGAGUACUCAAAUCUAUGAACGAAUAUAUAAAUUCUAUUGUCAAGAUGAGCACAAACAAUGGCAACCGUUAUUCACUGAUAUUAUUAAACAAUCAUCUACACCAUAUCAAACACUUUAUAUGUUUUUGGAUCAUACAAUAAGUACAACAAAUAGUAAAAAACAUAAAAUGGUUUUACCAUUUAUUGAACAAUUUAAACAAAUCAAACUCUUCGAUAAAAAUAUCGAAUUAGAUGAUACCAUUAAAUAUAAUAUUCUAUUAAAAAUUUGUCGGCGAUGUAUUUUCAGUCAAUUAGAGGCAAUCAUUGAUAUAUUUGAUUUACGUGCAAUAGAGAAUCAAACCAUGGCUACGAAUUUCAUAAAUGAGCAAAUUGAACAACAUCAAGAUAUUACAUUUAUUGCACAUAUGACAAAACUUCUAAGAUUGUUAGAAUCUGAUGCAAUACCACUUGAAAAGAUCAUUAUACCAUUGGUAUUAAAAUCACAAUGGGAAACUAUAAAAUUUAUCGUAGAAGAUAAUAAACUAUUUCAAAGAAAACUACUGCAAACAAUCGAUAGUUUAAUUUCAAUAGAUCAACUGGUUGCUCGUCGUUUAUUAGCUCAAUAUUCAAUUAAUUUAAAUGGAAAUUAUAUUGAUGUGCACAUUUUAAAACGAGCUGCACGAAAAUUACUUAAACAAUAUAAUUUUGAUUUAAACGAUUUUCCAAAUUUAGCUAUGCACGAAAAAUUAAGUUUUCUGAAAACUCUAUUUGUAAGAAAAUAUCUAGAAGCAAAGCGUGGUGGCGGCAAUAAUAAUGAUGAAGAUGAUGAUCAAUCGUGGAAUGAACAGAUUAAAGAAUUAAUCAACGAUAAUCGUGAUUUAAAAAUGAAAUUAAUUGAUUUAUUUAUUGACUAUACUGAUAUUGAUUCCGGUUACGAAUGGGCUCGUUUUUAUGAUCUUGAAGAUUUUGAAAUACCUGAACAGAUUCGAAUUCGUCGAAAAGAAAUUCUCAAUGGUGCUACAAUAACUCGAUCUAUGUGUUUAAAACCAUCAAUUUGGUCAACUAAACAAUUCACAGAUGAAACGUAUAAACCAACGGUUCUUCUGUCAGAUAUUAUUUAUGUCGAACUUGAUUCUGAUGUUGAUCCAUUUCUGAGUCGAUUCGAAUGUGCUCGAUGUUCUGUUGGAUCUCAUUUGCCAUUUGUUGGCUUCGAUUGUGAAACCUUUAUGGAUCCAACACAACGAACACUUAAUUCUCAAAUAGUAUCAACGCUCCAGUUAGCAAGUUUAUUACCAUCACGAAAUCAAUAUUUGUACGGCAUAUUUGAUAUGCUUGCGCUACGCUUACAAUUCGAUAUCAAAUCGUUAGCUGAAUUAGCUCAACGUAUGUUUUGCUCACAUGAUUUUAUUCUUCUUACAUAUAAUUAUGCGUGUGAUACAUCAUCGCUUAUUGAAAACUACCCAUCAAUGAAUGAUGCACUUUUGCAAGGCACAGCUGUUAUCGAUUUAUUUCGAGUACAACAAUAUAUUCUUGAAAAUUGUCCUCAAAUAUUUCCUUACUAUGAUGCAUUAUUAAAUUCAAAAUCUCGUGGUUUAAGUGAAUUAGUGCGUCUUUGUUUUGGUAACCCACUUGAUAAAUCAAUGCAAACAAGUGAUUGGCGAAAAAGACCGCUUAAACAAGCACAACUCAUUUACAGUGUGCUAGAUGCGCGAGUUCUUGUUGAUGUUGCAUUGCUAAUUGAAAAACGUGCACACAGUUUAAGUAUUCCAUGGUCGUGGUCUAAUUUCAAAGGUUACGUAUGGACAAAUAAAGCAUUUAAAAAACGAAUUGGUAUGAAUCAAAAAAUCGAAAACAGCUAA